ACGUGGGGCAUGUUUCUGAAUAUACAUUUGGUGAAGUUAGUCGUAUUCAGUCCACAUUUGAAGGCUUUUAUCCGAUUCAGUGUGUAAUUUCCAGGGAGGUAAAAUGCCUUUAUAUUUAUUCUUCAGCUGCUGAAAUAUAGUUAAAUAGAGUUGUGCGGUGAGAUUUCGACGUUUUUAUUUUGUGAGUUUGUUUGUGUGCUUGAAAUAGGAAUCAUGGCCAGCCUUGCUGCGAAGUAUGAUUACCUGGAGAAGUUGACACGUAAAGUAUGUGUGUCUCAGAACAAGGAGCCACGUAAAAGACCCUAUGUUCCAUUCCAAGGCAGUGGGGUUAAAGAUGGUGCGCCUCCAAAGAAGAAAAAGAACAAGCAAAAGCCAACAAAAGGAGAUGAUAUGAAUGCAAGCAAAAACAAACCAGUUCCAAAGAGCACUCAGCCUGCAGUACCUCCAGCUCAGAGAAAAAAUGUUCAAAACGGGACUUCAGAGACACAAAAGAAGACUGAGGGUGGAACAUCACAGGAAUUUAAUGCUGUAGACAUUCUUCGUCAUAGGCUGCACCAGAAGAUUGAGGAGUCGCGUGGGCAGGGCACUCCUAAAGAUCCUUCCUCGGAGGAGGUAAAGAAAAAGCGAGAAAAACGAAAACAAGAAAGGGAACGUCGUAAGAGGAAAAGGAAAGAGUUUCGAAUGAAAAAGUUAGCAGAUGCCGCAGCAUUGCAAGCAGGAGAAGAUGACAAAGAAACAGCAAAACCUCAACUGCCAGUCAGCUCUGCAUCGAGCGCGCCUGCCAAAACGGAGCAGAGCUUCAUCGUCUUCAAUAAGAUGGAUGUUGGAGAAGACUAUGUGGACAAAGGAACAAAGCUAAUGCUGAAUAAAAAGAAAAGGAAAGUGAAAGGAAUAUUGACUCCACUCACUGGUAAGAACUACAAGCAGCUUUUAACACGCAUUGAGGCGAGGAAAGAUUACCUGGAGCAGCUUAGGGAGAAAGAUGAAAGCAAAGCAGAGAAAGAGGAAGAGAAGAUGAGGUGGACCAAUGUUCUCUACAAAGCUGAAGGUAUGAAGAUCAAAGACAAUGAGGAACUCUUGCACAAAUCAUUGAAGAAGAAGGAGAAAAUGAAAACUCAGAAGAAAAAGAAGUGGACAAAGAGGAGUCAGCAAGUUGUGGAGAAGAUGCAAAGGAGACAAGACAAGAGGAAAAGGAAUAUUAAGCAACGCAAGGAUGCCAAGAUGGAGAAGCGCAAACAGAGGGCAAGAAAAAAGGGUCGUGUGCUGCCUGGGGAUCUCAAGAAGGCUGACUUAUAGGCAGAAAAGGUGAAAGGCGGGAUUGGAGGGGAAAAUGGCUUUUCCUUCUGCUUAGGGCUGAAAGAGACAUUAAAAAUGUACUUUUCACAAAAUUUCAAUGUGAAGAAAUAGUUUUUUCUGUUGUCACUUUUAAGAUUUCAUCUUUAUAAAGAAAAUAAUUUGUGUCCA